AUUUUAAUCUGAUCGGACACAAUCAGCAAACUCGACUGAUAGGUGGCAAGUAUCUCUAAUAGAAAUUAUCGAACAGGUUGGACGUCCGCAUACUACACAUCUGAACUUCCAAGUACUCGAUACAUCGUCAGAUUAACAAAUCUUAUCCCGCAGGCCAACGUCAUGAACGUCAGGGAGUUAAUACCAGUGUUGAAAAAAUACGCUAAAAAAGAACUUGGCGAGGAUGAAGGCAAGCUUGAAGAGCACAUUCAAGUCAUAAAGGAAUGGUUGGGAAAACAACCGCACAUCAACGCGAAUUUGGACCCACAAUGCCUUGCGGCAUUUUUGAGGGGCUGCAAGCACAGCAUUGAAAGAACAAAGGAGAAACUGGACACGUAUUACACCUUGAAGACUCAUCUACCAGAGAUUUUCGGCAAUAGGGAUCCCCACAUACCAAAGAUAAAAGAUCUUUUGGAUCAGGGGAUUUACCUGCCCCUCCCUGUUACUCGUAAGCCUGAUAGCCCGAGAAUCGUUGUGAUUCGUGGAGGAAUUUAUGACCCUAGUAAAUUCAACUUCUUGGACGUCUCGCGCGUUAUCUUCAUGAUCAUGGACAUUCUGCUGGUUGAAGAUGACCAUGCGGCCGUCGCAGGAAUAGAGACAAUUCUAGACCUUACCGGAAGUGUUUUCGAGCAUGUAUCUCAGUUCACACCUACCACCGUCAAAAAAGCUGUCAUGUGCUUCCAGGACGCUUAUCCCUUGAGACCAAAGAGUAUGCACUUCAUAAACAUCCCUCCAAGUUUCGACCUGGUUUACAACAUAUUCAAACUUUUCAUGAAAGAGAAGCUGAGGAACAGAAUCACCGUCUAUUCGGACAUCAAGGAGCUGUAUAAAAAAGUACCUAAGGAUGUUUUGCCCUCCGAUUUGGGUGGUGCUGGACCCUCGUAUGAAAAAUUAGCAGGCGAAUGGAAGCAGAAGGUGCUGGAUCGACGCGAUUGGUUCAUUGAGGGCGCAGCUUUCUGUGUCGAUGAAUCAAAAAGAGUCGGAAAAAAGGUCACCGGUGCUGAUCUCUUCGGGGUUGACGGAAGCUUCAAACAAUUGUCCAUCGACUAGCCAAUUAAAUUGAUUCGUCGAAGAUGUACAUAAUGAUUCGAUCGUUGAAAAAAAAAAUACCAAAAGCACCAUAAAUUCUAUAUUAUCCAUGGAAAGAAGGAAAGAAAGAAGGAAAAAAAUCUACCUACAUGUGGUGAUCACCAUGCAAGGUGAAUCGAGGAAAUUCGAGAAACGUAUAUACAUAAAUAUAUGUCGUAAAUAAGGGGUACAUCGUUCCGGUGGCUAGGAGUCAUUUUAGAAUUGCGAUUGUUUCGUCUCCCGCAGGAUAAAGUGAUUCGACCCUUUAUACGGCAACGCGGUAUCAAGCAGUGUGACACGUGGUAUGAAUGACCUUUUUCUUUCUUCAGGAGAAACUGCAGCCAUUCUUACCGUGUAUUCUUUCUUAUACAUAUAUAUAUACCAAAGUAUAAUCUUGAAGUCUCGGAAACAUCAGCUGUGUUGGCUUUUCCCGUCUCCAAAAGUCGUUCCACGUUAACGUUUCCGAUAUUGCGAUCGCUGAACUGCCCAUCUCGCUUCUAUUUCGGUCGCAGAUAGAUCUUAUAUUUCGAAUAGUGUAUAACGUUAUCUUAUAACGACAUAGAUGUCGAUGGGAAUAUCAAUAGAUAACAUUCAAAAUGGCUGAGAAACAAAUGUAUUGACAUUUGUUACAUUUUUUCCAAUAAUAAAAUGAAAUAAAAUAAAACAAAUAAAUUA